AUGUACUCUCUUGAGUUUCUUUUAAACACUGAGGGGAAAGACAGUGUGACAAGUGGAGUGUGUUUGUGGAAAAGAAGGCAACGAGCAAGCAUUAAACCUUGUGAUGUAAAGGAUGUAAACAUUUCCAAAUGUGAAUACGGUGAGCCAAGUAAAAAGAGAGAACAUGAAUAUGUGUGGCUACAGAACAUCGACCAUGAUCCAAGAGAGGAAAGAUUUCGGAAGGAAAAGUCGCAUGAUGAUAUGGUGAAGUUUACCAGUGCAAUGAAAAAACAGGUUAGCAGCUAUGAACCUGCCAUUUUCCCAUUACUUCGUAAACUUUACCUUCCAGAUGAUGUACCAAAAGCAACUAGUCUAGCUGAGAUGCUGAAAAGCUUAGAAAAGAGUUCUUGUAUUAUGGAGAAUAAAAUUGAACAGUUCAUUCAAGAUAGCAAUUCUUCUGUGCCGACUGCAGAGAAAUUUUUAAAUUACCUGUCUUUCAGUGAUUCAGAAAUCAUUGAUGUUGAGCAUGCAACUGUUGAUCAGUGGGAAAGUGAAGAUUGGUUUCUGCACAAGGUUGGCUUUAUAUCAGCUUCCAAGUGCAAAGCUGUUUUCACAUCACAAACGGAACAGUCAAGAAACCACUGCUUGGCCAAAUCAAUUGUUUCAAAGCCAUCUUACAACAUGUCAAGUAAAAAAACACAUGAACUUGAUAAUCCUAGGGACUGGGGGUUGGUAAAGGAAGAAGCUAGAAAAUGUUACAUGUAUGUUGCAGGAAGACAACAUCACAAGAUCCGCCUUGAACGCAAGGGUUUUCAAAUAUCCAAAAAGAAGCCUUUUUUGGGAGCUAGUGUUGAUAACAUCAGAAACUGCAAAUGCUCACCUGACUGUGGAAUUACUGUUGUAGAGUACAAAUGCCCCUGGGUACACAGGAACAGUGAUCCAAAAGAAGCAUUUUUAUCAAAAGAAAUUGGUGGAAUUUUUACUGGAGAUUCAUACCAUCUACAGAAUAAGUCAAAAUACUAUUAUCAAGUACAGAUGCAACUUUUUGUUGUUUGUGCCAAGUUUUGUGACUUUGUUGUCUGGACGACGAAAGGCAUUCAUAUCAUAUCCAUUCCAUUUGAAUCAUCAUUCAUGAGUUCAGUUUGCAUUAAUCUUGAGAAGUUCUGGGUGACUCAAGUUGUUCCAUUAUUAUUGGCAAAUCAACUGGAUGUGCCAUGUACAGGUAAUGUUCAUUCUAGUAUGAUUUAAUAGAUUCACCAUACAAAUAAGCAGUCAAUAGCAAACAUUGGCAUAAUUCACAUUUAAAUUAUAAAAUUACUGGGUUUUUUCUUAAAAGAUAAUAUUAAGAACAUUUCAUGUGAUGAAACUGCAAGCAAUAACAUGGCAACAAGCAACGACAUGGGAGCAAGUAGUAAACGGACAGAUGUGGAUGAAAUGGAUAUAUCACCAACCAUCAAAACACAUUCAGAAGGUAGCUACUGCAUGCACAAUAUUAUAAGUACAGUAUGGGAAAGGGGCCCAUAUAGUACUCCACAAAUUUAUUUACAAGAGUCGGCAACUAGCUUUUUGGUCCGUGGAGUAGACUUACACAUGGACGAUAUAAGUACACUUGAGCAGAAGGUGAUGAUGAAUGACAGCAUAGUAAAAGUGUUGUUAGAGUAA